CCCCUGACGUGUGGCUUGGGCGACGCUUGGCCUCCUGCCGUUGCUGGGGCGACGACUUUUAAAACUUCUUAAAAAUUAAACGGGGAAGAAAAGUCAGUGCUGAGCCUUCUCCCCCCCCCCCCCCCCCCCCCCCCCCCCCCGGUUUCCUAUAUCACUGUGUAUCGAUGAUUUGGAAGAGAUCGCGUUGACGAAAAUAAAAGUUUGUCCGCCGGCGGCCGGGUUGAGGGGGAGGACACGAGAUGGCGACAGAUUGAGGCAUUCGGACUUAUUGCUGUUGAAGAUGAAGACAGGUGCCUUGACCUUCCUGAGAAAGAUGUAUGCCCCUCAGAACUACACCGAUGAAGACAGUCUCCCUGUUCAGGCAGUGCCAAGACCACUGGAUGUAGAGCCAGUUCGGAUGGACUCCCUCUCUGACCUGGAUGUGUCCCUGACACCAGACAAGAUCGGAAAAUCCAUGGGAAUACUGAAAAAACGAGAGGGGCCAGAUGGCGAUGUGGCAAGCAGGAAAGUCAGCCAGCGGCAGGUACGGUUUGACACUGGCUCUGCUUCAGACGGCUCUGACAAGAAAGUUUUGAUCUCAGAUGACCCAGAUCACCAGGAGGAGGGCACAGGGUCUGUGGAAUUGGCUUCCGAGGACACAGAAUCAAAUGCUCAGACUGUGAUCAAUCCAUCCUCCAUUGUCUGCAGCGACCGUAAGGAUAAAGGCCCCAGAGACCACAUUGACUCAUGGAAGACCAGAGCAGUCAAAGCAGCCAGACCGAGCAAAGCUAGCAAACCUCCGAGGCAGGGAGGGCUUCUGGGUGGUGCUGAGGACCACGGGGCCCCUCCCCUGGCCACCCCAGAGUAUAACACCACCCUGGCACUGGGGCAGGAGCUGCAGCGGCUGAGGGAAGCAGGCUUUGAUGCGAAGAAAGCUGCCACAGAGCAGCUGAAGAGGUCAUCAGUGACACGGAAUUGCAUAGAAGGGAAAGUGGCUGAAGGCCUGAAUGUUCCGAAGGACCAGCAACGUUACAAAGGACUGGUGAGCUUGGAGGUGCCUGUGGAUGAGGUGCUAAGCGUGGCUGCACAGGAGAAAAUGCUGCUGGUCAAACCUAGGCCAGAGAGUAAGAAGCAGGUUACUGAGAUGGAAGCUCCCGACCUGAUGAUGUUCUAUGAUCCCCUGGAGCUGUUAAGCGAGACUCCCUAUCUCUCUGUGGAGGGCCUGCCAGUCUUAAAGGAGCUGGAAGAGGCUGUAUUACUAAUGGGUGAGCUGAACAAGAACCUCUCCUACUGGGCUGAGAAGACGGGAGAAAUUGAGAAGAUGGCACAGGUGUGGAGUAUGUUUCAGAAUAGACUGGCAACCCUCAAGAGCACAGUGACAACUUUAACGGAGCAGGCAGACUUUCCUCAGACUGGAGGCACUCGCAAUUGUACUGAAGAAUUAUGACUACAACUUGAAGGAUCGAUAGAGGAACUUUUUUUUUAAACAGUGAGAUAAAGAAAGUGACACGCCCUCCAAUUUUCCUUCCCUUGCAUCAUCUUCGAGUAAAUUUUGGGUAUGUUAAUAUGAUGGAUAUUGAUGCAGUUUGGUAGUGUGCUUGGUGUUUUGGGCAGCAGGCUGUCCCAGAUUAAACAUGGAGUUAAAGCUGUUGCAGGCAGACUCUUCCCCUCACUCUUUAACCAGUGAGAUGUCAUUUCACAUGCGUUAAGUCUCUUUAUUAGGUAAUUCCUCAUCAUCAGUCUACAUAAGUUGUUGCUCGUGCUGGUAUGCUUUCACCAACAAGAAGGCCCUUCAAACCAGUGCCUUUUCUUCUGUAAAUCAAUAGACAGCGUUGCUGAGAGAUCCUCAGUGGUUUGAACAAAUAACCAAUAAAACUACGGAUACUUUUUAUUCCUAUCCUUCACUGUCGCUUCUGCACCUGAUGAUUAGUGGAUAAAUUCUCUGUGAUCAGCAAGUUGAACGAGGAGCUGAGAUGCUGCGCAACAGAUCAUUGAAUUUCAGAAAAGCUCUGCCUAGGAUGGCUGUGUGUUCAGAAUGAGAACUCAGAGGGCAGUGCUAUCAGAAAUCAACAGGAACUGAAGACCUACUUUCAUAUUUUUUUUGAAAGCCAAAUUUAAUUGGAUCGUGGAAGUGUUUAAAUAUAAGGGCUUGAUUUAUCGCUUAAUUGAAAAGUAUUCAACUGUUCCAUUCUGCUGUCACAACUUUGUUAACUGCACCCUGUUUUCUAUCCAGAGGCGUAAAGUAAAUGUAGUUCUUCUCAUAAUUUACUGAUCAUCUAGUGAUUAUUUGUUCCCUUGAUGUUUAAACUCAUCCGAUGCCUCCUCACACAGGAUUUGUCUAAACCUGAUGCCUUAGGAAAAAUAUUCAUCACUAUUUUGCUAAAAUAAAUACUACUUUUGAA